AUGGCUCCUCAUCGGGUCCUGUUGCGAGGCAAUGGCUUCUACGAUGUUCUUGUGCGCGGUAUUGAUGAUGGGCUAUAUGGGGUCGAAGACCUUGCCGAUGACUUUCAGAACAUUCGUCUAGGUGACAGUCGGGCUACACGCCGCCGCCUCCCAGUUGUGAAUCUCGACCUUGAUCACGAUCAUCUCACCGAUCUACUUCAAGAUGUUUUGCCUGAAGAUCGCUCACGAUUCUAUAACUACAUGAGCAAGAGACUCAUUGGAUUGGAAUGCAUUUCUGCUAUUCAUAAAGACGACCGCGAUAUCCGUUGCCACCGUUGGCAUGGCCGCAACUCUGGGCAAGAUAAAGAUGGACUAUAUGAGGUCGAAGAGCUUGUAGAUGGCCUUGAGAGCGCGUGUCUAUUCCUCAACAAGGAGGCUACACGCAGCCUCCACGUGGUGGAUCUCCUCAAAGUUGAUCACGAUUAUCUCACUGCCCUACUUCAGGAUGCUUUACCCGAUGAUCACACGCACGUCUAUAACUAUAUGAGCAAGAGACCUCUUGGCUUAGGUUGCAUUGGCUAUGAAUACGGAUCAUUGGCAUGGCCGCAACUCUGGGCAGCAUAUGCCAUCUCAACUUGGCAAGACUCCAUUGACGCAUUUACCGAACAAUUAAUUCAUAAAUGGGAGUGGCUGAGUGCCCAUGAUAAUAGACAGGAGAGAAGACUCCCUUGCCUUGCUCUCGAGCACGGAGUGAGCAUCCUCGAGAGCCUCCACACCGGCAUCACUGGCUUUAUUGGCCAGUGGAAUGCCGACUCGACUGGGCUGGUGACGCUGCUUAUUGUCCUCGUCACGUACCGUAUCGCCUCGUCGCGCGAGCCCGACGUGCACCCUCUGCUGCUUGCUAGACAGGCCGGCGCUUCUGCCGUGCGCAACGAGAGCGAGAGCACCGCCUACAGAUGCCCGGCUGCUCCCCACAGCAGGCCGUUGAACAGCGGACUUGACGUCAAGGAUCCUGGUGCUUCUCGAUGGUCAAGGGGACGAGAUGGAGAUAUUCGAAACAGGGGUUAG